GGAUCGGACACCUCAGACGGCGGUGGCCCGGGAUCGGACAGCGUCUCAGGCGAGCCCGAGACGCGCCCCCUGCCCGCCAUGGCCCGGCUGCUGCGGGCGUCCUGCCUUCUCUCCCUGCUCCUGGCUGGCUUCGUCCCGCCGAGCCGGGGGCAGGAGAAGUCGAAGACGGACUGCCACGCUGGCGUGAGUGGUACCAUCUAUGAGUACGGAGCCCUCACCAUCGACGGGGAGGAGUACAUCCCCUUCAAGCAGUACGCUGGCAAAUACGUCCUCUUUGUCAACGUGGCCAGCUACUGAGGCCUGACAGACCAGUACCUUGAACUGAAUGCACUACAGGAAGAGCUUGAACCAUUUGGUCUGGUCAUUCUGGGCUUCCCCUGCAACCAAUUUGGAAAACAGGAGCCAGGAGAGAAUUCGGAAAUCCUACCCAGCCUCAAGUAUGUCCGACCGGGCGGGGGCUUCGUCCCCAAUUUCCAACUGUUUGAGAAAGGGGAUGUGAACGGGGAGAAAGAGCAGAAGUUCUACACGUUCCUGAAGAACUCCUGCCCUCCCACCUCGGAGCUCCUGGGCUCACCUGGCCGCCUCUUCUGGGAACCCAUGAAGGUCCAUGACAUCCGCUGGAACUUUGAGAAGUUCCUGGUGGGGCCAGAUGGUAUACCCAUCAUGCGCUGGUACCACCGGACCACGGUCAACACUGUCAAGAUGGACAUCCUGGCCUACAUGAGGCGGCAGGCAGGCCUGGCCGUCAAGGGGAAGUAAAUCAGGCCUGCUCAACCCCGUGUCCACCGUGCAGGGGCUGGGAAGGGACUCUCUUCAGGAAGGAAUCCAUUUCUCCAACCACACCACACUCCCACCAUAGACCCCUCACUAUUACACGAGGCCCCAACCUGACACAAACAUGUGCAUACGAUUGUGUCUGUACUGCUGUGCACGUGGGUGUCUGCACAUAUGCCCACAGGUACAUGUGUGCAUGAGGAACGCGUACCAUAUGGGUCCACACAGCUGUGUGCUAUGGAGAGUGCGAGAGAAUGCCUCCCCUGUCUCUCUAGUUCUCUGUUCCAAUGAUAACCAUUCACUUUCAGCUGAGCCCAAGUUAAAAUCAGCUCUAAAUCCAACUGUUCUGCUCUGACCUAGACCACAACUUUGGGGCCAGCAUCUUCCAUUGCCUCCAAAUAUCACCACUAAAGUGCCCAGAAGUUUCUGGGUCUACACUGCCGUCUCCCUCCUCUCCACCACGCAGCCUCUCUCCUUCCUGAAGGGCCCUCCCAAGCCCCCUACCCCUCUCCAUUGUGCUCCCUGAGAGCAGCCAAGGCAGAUGUGAGAGCAAGGGCCACGUUCCCCGUGCCAGGAAUGGCAUCUCCAUGAAGGAGGGGCCCGAAGCCCUUGUGGGCGGACCUCCCCUGAGCCUGUCUGAAGGGCCAGCCCUUAGUGCAUUCAGGCUGAGGCCCUUGGGCAGGGAUGCCACCCCUGCUUUUCUGGAGGAUGUGCCCUCUCCCCUCACCCUGGUAUCUGGCAUUAGACCCCCCAUUUGCCCAGUAAAGGCCUUUCUGCAACA